GAGAGAGAGAGAGAGAGAGAGAGAGAGGGCAGUGGGUUGGUUUGGCAAUGGCAUCGACCGCAGCGAGUGUAUCAUGGAGUUGUUCGUCAUGGCUUCACAGUCGUCAUUUAGGUAAGCACAAUGGCGAAACCACAAGAGUCUCAGACAGAAGCUCAGUCAUGGUGAUAGUCGCUCAAAAGAAAGCCAAGAAGACACGAAAGAUAAUUCUGAAGGAGGACGUAGUGGACUUGGGAAAGAAAGGACAGCUCUUGGAUGUCAAAGCUGGAUUUUACAGGAAUUAUCUAUUUCCAAUGGGCAAAGCCCAGAUUGUCACUCCUGUUCUUCUCAAGGAAAUGCGGAUGGAAGAAGAGAGAAUAGAAGCUGAGAAAAAACGGGUAAAAGAAGAGGCACAGCAACUUGCUUUAAUUUUUGAAACUGUUGGCGCAUUCAAGGUGAAGCGCAAGGGUGGGAAAGGAAAACUAAUCUUUGGCUCUGUUACUGCUCAAGAUCUUGUUGACAUAAUCAAGGCACAGCUUCAGAGGGAAGUGGACAAACGAAUUGUUUCUCUACCAGAGAUCCGGGAAACAGGGGAAUAUAUUGCAGAGCUGAAGCUUCACCCCGAAGUCACUGCUCGAGUAAGAUUGAAUGUUUUUGCCAACUAAGGACAGGCACCUUCUGAAGCACACUCUGAUGGAAAAUUUGGUUAAAUGGUUCUAACAUGCAAGGAGCGGAGACUGUCAAGGCGUUAUUAAAUUUAUACAUAUGCUUGCUACGGGACAUCAAAUGUGUUAGUUGUGAAGUCAUCCCCAACAUGUCAGUUUUGCUCUUGGUUUGUUAAUUCUGCCUCAUCAUCUACUGAUUAUUGUUGUCUCUGGUAGGUAAUACUCUGUAGCAUACCCUUUAUUUUUUAUAUUUGGAAAUUUAAUGCCUUUUUGAUAAUAGAGUGCCAGAGGGAAUGAAAUCACUAAAAUCAGUGAAGGAUCAAUCUGAUUUGAUGGUUUUUUGUA